UCCCCAUUUAACGCAUCUCCAAUCCUUAGUACCUAGCUUGCUGGUACGAUCAUGUUGCAUGGCUGGGAAUAGGGAUAGGGUUUUCUAAAAAUGAAUUGAAUGAAGAAGGAGAGCAUAAUGUCAAACCUCAACCUCACCGAGGACCCUUACCUCCUCAGCAAAGGGCUUGUAAUAUGCCGGGCUAUCCAUCCUCCACACACUUUUGGUAUUUUUUAUGGAGAAAAUCCAUUACAAUUCUCUUUCCCCCUUGUCUUGUUAGAGAUCUCCACCAUCAUCGCCAUCUCCCGUCUCAUUCGUUAUAUUCUCAAGCCUCUCCGCCAGCCAAGAGUCAUUUCUGAGAUCCUCGGUGGAAUAAUCGUAGGCCCAUCUGUUUUGAGCCGAAGCAAGCGAUUUCGCAACUUUAUCUUCCCAGAUACUGCUGACUACGCACUGAAAAAUAUUGGAAUCAUUGGCUUUAUGUAUUUCCUUUUCAUAUCUGGUGUAAAGACAGAUUUGACCCAUAUAAGGAAAGUGGGGAAGAAACAUUGGUACAUAGCCACAUGUGGGGUGUUCAUUCCCAUGUUAUGUAGUCUAUUUAUUGGAAUAGGUCUUCGAAAAUCCUUGGAAAAAGAACUAGCCAAAGCUUCUUCCAUGUUAGGAGUAACUUCGGAAUUCGCAAUCACAGCUUUCCCUGUUAUCUAUCUGAUUAUCAGAGAGCUUAAUCUCCUUAGCUCCGAAAUUGGAAGAAUGGCAUUAUCCACUGCCAUAAUAAGUGAUGUAAUUGGACUCAAUUUUGUUGUUGUAUUUGAGGCAGCUAAACAAGGGGAGCAUAAAACUAUGGCUGCUUUAUGGUUUGUCAUUUAUUCUUUUGUAAUUGGCGUAUCCAUUUUUGGAGGCGUUAGACAGAUUAUGAUAUGGAUAAUUAGAUCAACCCCAGAAGGGAAGUCAGUGGAGCAAAUUUAUGUUGUUUUCAUACUCUUGGGAGUAAUGCUUUCUGGUUUCUUAUGUGAUUUGGGUGGUAUUGCAGUAGCUAAUGGUCCGCUGUGGUUAGGCCUCGCCAUUCCAGAUGGGCCUCCAUUAGGAGCUACUUUGGUGGAAAAGACAGAAACAAUUGUCAUGGAUAUUCUCAUGCCAUUUUCAUUUGCAUAUGUUGGAAUGUUCACUGACAUUUCAUCUAUCUACGGUCAUUGGACACAUCUUCAACCGAUAUUUUUUAUGGCUGUCACGGCUUAUGUUGUUAAAAUGGUUACUGUCCUCUUCACUUCCUAUUUCUUGAAUAUGCCCUUCAGAGAUUGUCUUGCUCUUAGCCUUGUCUUGAGCCUAAGAGGUGAAGUGGAGCUUUUGAUGUUCAUUCACUGGAUGGAUUUGAAGAUGAUAACGAGACCAUAUUUCACAAUGCUAGUGCUAAUGACAAUAGGAGUGACAGCUAUAGUCACUCCAUUGAUCAGUGUAGUUUAUGAUCCAACAAGGCCUUAUAUGAUUAACACAAGAAGGAACAUUCAACAUACCGCUUCAAACACGGAGUUACACAUUAUAGCUUGUAUACAUGACGAGGAAAAUGUGCCUGGAAUUAUAAAUAUUCUAUUCGAGAUCUCAAAUCCAACUGUACAUAGCCCUUUCUUGGUUCAUGCCUUGCACCUAAUAGAACUUGUUGGCCGUGCUGCCCCUGUUUUUAUUGAUCACCAGGAAUCGGAGAGCACGAACCAAAAUCCAAUCCAUAAUGCGUUGAAGCUUUUCGGUGGAGAAAAUAUCAAGAUUCAUUCAUAUACAUCAUAUUCUCCUAAGAAGAGCAUGUAUCAAGACAUUUGCAAGUUGGCACUAGAGAAGAGGGCUUCUCUUAUUAUACUUCCCUUUUAUAAAGAUCAAACGAGCACUCAAGUACUGGCAAGGCAAGGAGUUAAAUUAGUGAACUCUAAUGUGUUAAACCAUGCUCCUUGCUCAGUUGGGAUUCUCGUUGACCGGGGUGCUUCCCCUACAAGUCAUAAUGUAGGUGUGUCAAUGAGACGGUCGUCAAUUCACCGUUUUGCCCUACUUUUUAUGGGAGGAUCAGAUGCUAGGGAGGCACUUUCUUAUGCUGAUAGGAUGGCUGCAAAUCCAGAUGUAUCGCUUACUGCUAUUCGUUUCCUUUCGCAUAAUGGUGAAGGGGAUAAUGAGAUGGAGAAGAAAUUAGAUGAUGGUCUGGUGACAUGGUUUUGGGUGAAGAAUGAGGGAAAUGACAAAGUUAUGUAUAAGGAAGUUGUGGUGAAGAAUGGGGAGGAUACUAUAGCAGCACUUCACACAAUGAAGAAUGAUCAAUUCUUUGAUCUUUGGAUACUUGGGAGGAACCAAGGGAUAAAUCCGGUGCUAUUGCAGGGAUUAACAGAUUGGAGUGGUGAAAAUGAACUAGGAGUUAUAGGAGACUUUCUUGUGUCAAUGAACUCAGGUACCACGGCUUCUGUUUUAGUGGUACAGCAGCAGGUUUUGAGAGGCCAAGAGAGGACUUCUCUUGGUUUUCUAGAAAAAAUUGCAAGUUGUAGAUUGUAGAGACCUCAUAUUUAGGUUUUAGGAACAGUAAUGAAGUGUAGCUUUUAUAAUAUAUAUGUAUAUAUAUAUAUAUAGAUAUAUAUGUAUAUGUAUAUAUAUAUAUAUAUAUAUAUAUGUAUAAGUAUAUAUAUAUAUAUAUAGUCGAAGGCCCGUGCCAGAAUGGGCCCAAUAUAUGUUAUUUUUUAGUCUCAAUUUAUGUAACACAAAUAUAAUUUAGAUAAUCCAUUAUAUUUUUAAGAUGCUUUAGUUA